AUGGCCGAGACAAUACCACGAUCAGUAGUGAUCCUCGCACUCCUACUAUGUCCAAUACCGAUACUCUACGUCUUGAAUUACACCAUCCUAUUGAGUUUCAAACUGGACAAUCUCCAUAUUCUCCUGGCAGAGAUCAUUGUCGCAGCUCUAUUCCACAAGUACAUUGGACUUCCUGAUGCCUCUGACAGUCUGAGUAAAGUACUGGGGGGCUCUGAUGCUGCUGCUGCCACGACAUCUAAUCAAGUCGCACGUAUUCCGACCUCCUCAUCACCCGCGCCAUCAUCAGGGGCAGCAUCGCAGUCAGGCGCUCCACGAAAGAAUGCAUACCCUGGCAUGAGUGAAUCCAUGAUCAAAGAGUUUCUCGAACUCGCAGACACUGUGCAUCCCAAAGAGUCGGAUCCUUGGGCUCUUGUUGCAUCCGUAGCAAAUCCAUGGAUUGAAGUAUACAAGAAGGCAAACACAGAUUUCUGUUUCAAGGUGCUCGUAGAGUUAGAAACUACGCCCGAGACUAUAUUUGAUACUUUGGCUGAUAUUGAUCAUAGGAGAGAUUGGGAUGAGAUGUGUGAAGAUGCUGGUGUAGUAGACAAUGUUGAUGCAAACACCAAAGUACAAUACAUGAAAACCAAGGGUGUCUUUCCUGCUGCUUCUCGAGAUGCUCUAGUAUUGGCAUACGUCGGAAAACUAAAGGACGGCCGAUACAUCAACGUGACGAAAUCCGUCCCUCAUGAAGGAGUCCCAGCACUAACAAACGGAACAAUACGAAUGGAAGUGAAGAUCGCUGGUCAAGUAGUAGGCCCAUCCCCAACUCGACCAGGCCAUUGUCGCAUUACGCAGGUUGCGGAUGGAGAUUUGAAGGGCUGGCUACCGAAAUCAGUCGUGUCAUUCGUCGCGACCAAAGCAGUGCCUGGAGGCUUUGUGACCCUGAAUAAAAUGAUGAAGGCCCUACAGCCCAAACAGACGUCAACUACCUUGGAUAUGGCUGCUAAGGGACAAGUGCCUAAAAUCUCAUUUGGGCCUGGUAUUGGACGUGAAUAUUAUUAUGAUGGGGAUGCUGGUAGUAAUACUGGUGCAUCCGCUCCUGCUACUGGACAAGCAGCUGCAAAUGGACAUAUAGCUGGUGGUGGUGGGGUAGCAGUCAAACAACCAAAUUCGAUAUUAGCUGCUAUCAAGAUGGUGAGAGAUGCUCUUGACUCAGCGUCUCCGAUUAUGAUUUCUGUGGUGUUGGCGAUAUUGGUAUGGAAGACGAUACGAGGUGCCAAGUAG